AUGGGUCCACAACCAAGUGCUCCCGUUAAGAAGAAGGUAGAAUUCAAACUACCACGUGGCGGGCCUCGACGGCAAGGACUACGCCCACCUGGACCUCCUUGUGGUAUUCCUCCGGAUUUGAGCGACAGCGAAGGCGAGGGCGAAAAUGAGCAUGACCCCUACCACGUUCAAAUUCCGGCUGAUGACGACUUGGCACCUGUGAUAAUCCCUGAUUUCGAUGCCCCCAACAAGUUCCCGAAGUUUCCACCACCAAUCAUGCCUUUGCGACAGCCUCCCGGUCCUCCACCAGGUCCAGUGCCACCAAGGUUCAAUCCUAUGGGUAUCCCCAUCCCCGGGCCCCUCCAAUUGCCAGUCCUCCUCCGUGGCCUGCUACCGAGAACGAUGCAGGAGGCGCUUGUAGACUCUCCUCUGCUCCCUGUAAUUCGAAAAGAUCGUGAACAACAGCCCACGAUCGGUCCACAAGCCCCCACAGUUGUUUCUGCCGCUCCGCAACUCAGAAAUUUGAGAAAGGAGACCGUUAAGUUCGAUACAGUUGUGCUGAAACGCAAACCAACGGGUGUUCGACCGAAACCGGCAAUUCGAAGACCUCAGACAGAGGCGACACAACAGGCGAAAACCACAGAUGAAGCCUACAACGAAUUUAUGAAAGAAAUGGCGGAUCUCAUUUAA